AUGAAAUGUUGUAAAGUAAACCGUGUUAUUAUUAUCAUUAUUAUUAAUAUUAGUAGUAGUAGUAGUGGUAGUAGUAGUAGUAGUAGUAGUAGUAGUAGUAGUAGUAGUAGUGGUAGUAGUAGUAGUAGUAGUAGCAGUAGUAAUAGUAGUAGUAGUAGUAGUAGUAGUAGUGGUAGUAGUAGUAGUAGUAGUAGUAGUAGUAGUAGUAGUAGUAGUGGUAGUAGUUGUUGUUGUUGUUGUUCGAAUUCAGUCAUUUUAAACUUUGUUUUUCAAUUACUGAACAUCACUAACUACGUUAACACUAUUUUCUUAACGAAAUCAGGCUGUUUGCUUUUGUUGCUAAAUUAA